UAUAAUCAAGCCUUGAGGAAAAUUUGGCUUUGGAAGCAGGAGAUGCUCAGUGGCUCUGCCCCAGGAAAGUCUCCUGGAAAGGGCACCUCUGCUUAUGCUCAGUACAGGGAGAACAUUACCAGGGAGGCAAAGUCUGCUCCCCAUGACAUCUGCUGUCCCUUCUUGGACAUUCUAUUGUCUCCUAGAGAGUUCUGGCAUCCUCUGUGAUGUCACCAGUGUUGUAGUGACAACCAGUGCCCUAGCUUCUCUCAGUCUGAGUCUGGCAGUUACAAGCUAAGACAUGUUUUCCCGUCUUCGCAAGCUUUUUGGGAGGGGGAACGUCGAUUCUGGAGAGACUAGAGUGAAGGAAUCUGGCCUUUCAUCUCAAAGUAAUGAUGGACAAAGACAGCACUUCUGGGGAAUGUUCAACGCUGGGAUAGAAACAUCUUCCCAUGGCACUGACCUAAGCAAGAAUCAGGCCAUGAAGGAAAAGGAGAGGCUGAUUAAAGAGCUGCAGCUCAUUACCGAGGAGAGAAAUGACCUGAGAGAUCGCCUGAGGUUUCUGACAGAGAGAUCCAUGAAGAACAGGCCACACUUCAGGCCAAAUCCAUAUUAUGAAGACCUGGAGAGAAUGGAGGAGGCGGUCAUGUCAAUUCUGCACAACUUAGAGAUGGAGAACAGUGAGGUCCAUGAGAACAACCAUAAGCUGAAGAAGGAGAUUACCUUCUCUAGAAACCUGCUUAGCCAGCUCCUGAUGGAGAACACAUGUAGGAAGAAGUUGGUCCCCCUGAAGCAGGAGAGCAAGGAGGUACAUCUUGAUUGUGCACUGAACCAGAAAUAUUUGGUUGACUGCAACAAGAAAGAUAAAGACCAUCAACGGCCAGAACCAGCAUUAUCAGGUCUCAGAAAGUGCAAGAGAGCUGGAAUUGGACACAGCCCAGUAAGAGAGCUUCCUGAAGAAUAAGUUGCUUUCUCAGGAGUCCCUGAUGACCAACAUCCUGAAUGAAAACAGCACUUGAGAGACAACUUGGGGGACCGCCUUUCAUUAUUUGUGCUAGAGGAGAAACAGCAAUACGUCUGUGCUUCUAAAUGUUCGUUAAGAAUAUGCUGUUUAGAAAUAUUUUUGUUAUGAUUUUAAUUGAAGUUUUCUUUUUGUUGUUUCAUAUUUAUAUGUUCUUGUUACUAUUUUUACUUUCAAAUAUUUUUAAAUAUUUUUAUUCAUUUUAAUCCUGUUUUGUUGUAAAAAUGUAUUUGUUAUGAAUAAAAAUUGAAUU